AUGAAGUUACCCGACUUGCCCACUGAAGUAUGGGAGCGGAUAUUGAGCUUGACAGAUUGUCCAACGCAAUGGCAACUACGCUGCGUCUCGCGUGCCUUUCGACAACACGUCCAAGACCGACUUAUCUCCGAAGUACUAGCAGCAGGGUCUUUCACGAUGCCACGUGCCAAUAUCCUGAUGUUCAAUGGGUUUCACAGCUAUAGAAGUGAGAUGCACUUGACUUGCACGGGUCCCGUCCAUGCAUUCAGUCCCAAAGCAGAUUUGACGAUGCUGUGUGCUCAAUUCACACUGACGAAACCACUUCACAAUUUCCGCAUCAAUCGCGGUGAUGAUAUUGAAGCAGACCUUGGUAUUCGCAAGACUUGCACGGAUUUGGAUGGGGUUCUGCAUACCAUGGAGGAAGAGAUUGCCCUGACAAAGCUACAAAUUAGACGCCACAUCAUCGUCAGUGAAGACGGUCAAUCUCUACUUGUUCCUAUUCAUCUGCUCUGGACAAGUGAAUAUGAGCUUUAUAUUCCGCCGCCCAAGCCUCUCGAACCAUGGGUCGCUCAAUUCGCUGGACAAGUCUUCAUGUACGGCGUUCCUUCACAAGAUUGGCGCAGUGCCUUCAUGUCUGGUGCCAAUCAACCUAUUUGA